AUGAAAACCCUCGUCUACACAUCAACAUUUCUAAUAGUACUAAUACAGUUAACACCAAUAUCAUCACAAGGCUUGUUUCCACUAUGGCAAGGUUUUCAACAUCCAGGUUUUCAACAACCUCAAUCACCUGCCGAAGUUCCAUUACCACCAAAGAGACAGAAAGGAAGAAGACCAAACGAAAAGCUAAAGGCUUGCUGUGCCAAAUUGCCUCAGGCUGAUCCUGAAUGUAAACAAAGAUUCUGCGAUUUUAGUGCUCUUUCUAGUAAUACUGUAAGUUUAAAUUUUUUAGUUUUUCAUUUUGAUAUGGGUAUUAGGGUUUUUGAGCUUGCACCGUGCAGUCUUUUAAUUAAGUGUACUGUGCAUUCAUUUGAUUAGCUGCACCGUGCAAGUGUUACGUAAUUUGACAUCUGCACCGUGCAGCCGCUAUAUUGAAUGCACGGUGCUGUUAUUACGUAAUUUUGUAUGCACUGUGCAUCCGCUACAUUGAUUGCACCGUGCGAUUCUUGCGUAAUGUGGUUGCACCGUGAAUUUGUUACGUAAUUUAACUGCACUGUGCAGUCAGUAAAUUUAUUGCAUUGUGCAGCCAUUAUAUUGACUGCACUGUGCAGGCUCUUGUUCCAGUGCACUGUGCAACCAAUAUAUUAUUUGCACCGUACAAUUCUUCAAAUUAAAAAAAUUCAAAAUUUUUUCCAUAAUAAAAAAAACAACAUUUGAAAUAAAAUUUAGGUACUAUUCUUCCUCUCCACCUGCGCUCCGCGUGGCCCCACCGUCGGUCAAAUGUGGGAUUGUGCCUCAUCUCGAGCUGAUCACAGGCCUUGUUGUCAAGCCAAGGGCGUACAACCUGGUUGCAUGGCUUAUUGUGAAACGACGAAUGGAGUACCGACCGACUACUUGAAGUAUCUAGCUUGUUUGAGAGAUUUCGACAAGAUCAGAGAGUGCUUCCGUUAUCAUUUAAUCGACCAUCCCAAUAUCAAGGGCGAUUUAUAA